AUGGAGCUAAAGCGGGGAAAGACCUUCAUCAAAUCCAGCCUGCAGAUUUCUCAUGAGAAACCCUCUGACUCAGUGGCUACCGCUCCCGGAAGGGAGGACGCAGGCCCAUGGCUGGUCUCACCGGGAGGGCAGCAGAAGCUCCAUGGUGAGAAGGGCUCCCAGGCGAGUCCUGGUGCCCAAGGGCAUGGCAGGUACCCCAACAAGGGCGCUCCGCCCAACCCCGAUGGAAGCCCUGUGGCCCUUUGUGGAGCCACCUUCAAGCUUGUGCGGAAGAGCAAGACUCACGACAGUGUUCUGGGAGCCAGCAGGGCGGCCAGCACCCCAGGGCAGCUGGUGGGGAGCACGAGCUUCCCGGGGACUCCCAGUGGCCCACGCAUAAUUGACUACCGCCACUUUGUGCCCCAGAUGCCCUUUGUGCCAGCUGUGGCCAAAAGCAUCCCAAGGAAGAGGAUCUCCCUGAAAAAGCCCAAGAAGUGCUUCCGGAACCUGUUCCACAUGCGCAAAAGUAAGACUGAGAACUUGGCUGCCCUGGCAAGCACGGGAAAGAGCCUGCCCUCCCCUGGAGACCCAUCGCUUCCUGCAGGGCAACAAGGCCAAGGCUGCUUCUCCCUGGGGGAGGGCCUGGGGCUGGACAGCCUGGGGCAGGACCUGUCUGACAGUGAGCUCCUGCCGGACUCUCUCGACCUGUGCCGGGUCUUGUGUGAGGACGUGGCCUCUCUCAAGAGCUUCGACUCGCUGACAGGCUGUGGAGAAAUCUUUGCAGAUGAGAGCUCAGUGCCAUCCCUAGAGCUCAGUGACAGUCCUGAGAGCCCUGCCUGGGGACCUCAGACCCUGGAGAACAAGGCCUCCAGGGGCCCCUCUCCAGGCAGCAAGGAGCAGCUGGCAUCUUCUGCGCAGAAUGAAGUUUCUGAUUUCACUAAGUUCUGGGAUAGCGUGACUCGCUCAGUGCGGCAGCAGCAGCAGCGCACGCUGCUGGGCCCGGGGCUGGCCAGCCCCCAGGGCAUGGACACAGCCCAGCCUAGGCCUGACGCAGCUGGGCUGGCUGAACUGCCCCUGCUCCCCUGCAGGGGCCCUCCCAGUGGGUCCAAAGCCAGCUCCAUUGACACAGGCACCCCCAAGAGUGAGCAGCCAGAGUCUGUGUCCACAAGUGACGAAGGCUACUAUGACUCCUUCUCGCCAGGCCUCGAGGAGGACAAGAAGGAGACCCCGAGCCCCAGCGCACCCGCAGCUGCCUUCCCCAGGGACAGCUACAGUGGGGAUGCCCUUUAUGAGCUGUUCUAUGACCCCAGUGAGGGCCCUGUUGGCCCUAGCCUGGAUGAUGAUCUCUGUGUGUCUGAGAGCCUGUCAGGCCCGGCCCUGGGGACCCCACUUUCCAUGUGCAGCUUCCACGUGGGGGCUGAGGAGAACCUGGCCCCGGCCCCGGGGCCUGACCUGCUCAGCCAGGGCUUUCUGCAGAGCUCCUGGAAGGGCAAGGAAUGCCUGCUGAAGCUCUGUGACACAGAGCUGGCCAUCACCAUGGGCAUUGUCAACUGGCUCCGCCGCACCCCACCUGCAGCCACUCCUGUCCCUGUGGAGCCCAAAGACCCAGCUGGCCCUCCGAGGGGGCCCUGGGGACAAGAGGAGAAACUGGAGGGCAAGAGGGACCAGGCUCCAGAUGCAGGCAGGGCCACAGUGUGCUCGGCCCCCAGCAGAAAGGCGCACCUGGAUGUCCAAGGCCUGCUCACUGGGGAGGGUGUAGCUCCAGUGGGGACAGAAAAGGGGACCAUAGCCCCAUCCCAGGAAUCCCCCCUAGAGGAGGGGCCCCAAGGCCAUCCUGAAGGCUUCCUCUCUUCUGUGGAGUCUGAAGCCACAGCAGCAACAGACACUUCUAGGAAAAGCAGAGCUGCGAACCCUCCUGCUUGGCCCAAUUCACAGAAAGGGGCAGGGCCGCUUGGAGACCCAAGACAUUGCCAAGGCCCCUGGAGGCCGGGUUACGGAGGAAGGACUCUAGAGGCAGGGCCUGUACUGGCAGACUGCUUGGCCCAUGUGGCAGCCCUGCAGUUCCACUUGGAUGGCCAGCGUCCCAGGCAGGACACCGGUAGUGGGCUCUUCAGGCAGCCUCAGGCCUGGAAUCCCAACUUUCUGCAACAAAAACAGACUGGCAGCUCCCCUACUGCGCUUGCUGUCUGUUGCCUGCCCGCCUCAGCCAGCUCACAAGACGAGAAGCAUCCAGACCUCAUCCUGAACCUGAGCCAGCUCAGGUUGGAACCUGCCAGGUUGGGUGCCCAAGCCUGCGCCUCUGUGGAGAACCUGAACCUGCAGCGCAGCCCCAAGGUUGUGGAGCAGGCAGCACACAGGGUUUGUCUGGACUGUGGGCCUCCCUCAGCCCCUGCUGCCCCGGGAAGCCCCCGAGGCCACUCCCCAGAAAUCCUGACCCUCACUCUGGACACUGAGGUAAAGGGCUCCUCUUCAAGUAACCCCAAAUGCUGCUGCACUCCUGGCCAGAAGUUGGGCCCCCAGGCCAGCUGCAGCCAAGCCCCACCCACAGCACAGGUCACUUGCGCUAGAAACCAUGGCUUGAUGGCCUUCAUGAGGAGAUCCUAG